AUGAAUAGAUCAAGAUUUUCUAUGCUAUUGUUAGAGCCUGGCGAAAUAUAUUUUGAAGAUUACUCCUGUACAAUGAAAACAAAUUCUUCAAAAUUAGAAAAUACCCAACAAGGUCGUUUGAAGCUUUGUUCAAAAUCUCUUGUAUUUGAACCUAGAGAAUGGAUGUAUCCACUUGUAAAGCUUCAUUUUAAAGAAUGUGUUGAUAUAAAUACAGUACAAACUGAAUGUAAUGAUGAGAACAUAAUCAAAGUAAAAGUUGGGCAAUAUGCAGAAAUGUUAGAAGAGAAUAUAUUAGCUCCAUAUAAGUUUAAGUAUGAACCAAAAGACUUUUACUUUGUUUUUGAUUUUUCUUCUGCUGAUGAAUGCUUAAGACAGAUGCAUCAGCUAAUGAGAGCAUCUUCUCUGCAUGCUCCAGAACAUAAUAGUAUGGUUGCAACUAUUCUUCAUUCUCGUUAUAUGAGAAUGACUUUUGAUCCAGUUAUGAUGGAAGAUUUUACAGAAAAAAUUAUUUGUCAAUUUCAAACUGAAAAAAUUUCUCCAUUAGUAAGGCAUAAUGGGAAACUUGCCUUAACACCAACAUCACUUUAUUUCCAGCCAUUCAGUAAUAUAGAAAAUAGCUCUAUUUUAAAGAUGAAGCUAGAAUACAUAAAGAGGAUAUAUAAAAGAAGAUUUUUAUUAAGGCAAGUUGGCCUUGAAAUAUAUUGUUCAGAAACAAGUUCUGUGCCUCACAUAUAUUUAUCAUUCCAAACUGAGUCCGAGAGAGACAGUGCUUAUCAAUUAUUAGAAGAAUCCCCUCAUGUUCUUUUAGAAAGAGUGCAUGUAGAGGAAAUGACACUACAAUGGCAAAAUGGAAUUGUGUCAAAUUAUGAUUACUUAAUGUAUCUCAAUUGCCUUGCAGAUAGAAGUAAAAACGAUCUCACUCAAUACCCAGUCUUUCCAUGGGUCGUAGCAGAUUACACAUCCGAUGAACUGGAUCUAGAAAAGGAGCAAACAUUUCGGGACCUCUCCAGGCCGAUGGGAGCACUCAAUCCCGAUAGACUAGAAAAAUUACUUGAUAGGUAUCACGAGAUGUCGGAUCCGAAGUUCUUAUAUGGAUCUCAUUAUUCUGCACCUGGUCUUGUUUUAUUUUAUUUGGUUCGAAAAUACCCUCAGUAUAUGUUGUGUUUGCAAAAUGGAAGGUUCGAUCAUCCAGAUAGAAUGUUUAAUUCAGUGAGAGAUGUAUACAAUAAUUGUUUAAAAAACAUGUCGGAUUUUAAGGAAUUAGUCCCAGAAUUUUACGAUACAAAUGCGAAAGGAGAUUUCUUAGUGAAUACAUACGAUAUUGAUUUUGGAGAAAGACAUGAUGGUACGAAAGUCGACAAUGUGGAUCUUCCUUCCUGGGCUACUUCCCCUGAAGAUUUUGUUGUCAAACUGAGGCAAGCCUUGGAGUCGCAAUAUGUAUCCAGACACCUACAUUUAUGGAUUGAUCUCAUAUUUGGAUAUAAACAGCGUGGAGAGGAGGCUGUGAAAGCUAAUAAUGUAUUUCAUCAUGUGUGCUAUGAAGGAUCUAUAGAUUUGGAAUGCAUUUACGAUAUGAACGAUAGACAUGCUCUGGAAGUGCAAAUUAUGGAAUUCGGUCAAAUUCCCAAACAAAUAUUCACCAAACCACACGUGAGGAAAAUCUUGCCAAAAAUUUUGAAGCCUUUGACCACUAAAACCUCGCUUGAAUAUAACAUGAAAUGUACACAUACUAUACGAUUACACAAAGAAGCUGUGACUUCCGUUUUACGUAAAGGAGACAGAAUAAUUUCAGUAUGCAAAGAUGGCACUUUAAAAGUGUACGACUUGGUACAAAAUAAGCAAAUUAGAAGCGUCAUCUUAUGCGCCACGCCGUUAAGUUCUUGUGUUAUGGUUGAUGAGCAUAUUGUAGCAGCCGGUUCUUGGGAUAAUGAAAUAUAUUUAUAUGAUGUUGAAUAUGGUCGCGUCGUGGAAAGUUUCCGAGCGCACGAUGACUCCGUCAGUUGUUUGAAGUGGCUUGAAAAAGAUCAUCUACUGAUAUCCGGCGGGUGGGACGGCGUGGUGCGCGUGUGGGGGAACGUGGGCAAGACAGGGCAAGCGCUGCGCGGGUUGAAGGCGGAGUUCGAUCAUGACGGGAAAAUCACCACUAUUGCUUACCGGUACAGACGACAUGUAGUGGACAUACUAGCGUGCACGUCCGACGGAGAAUUGUUCAUAUGGGACUAUUCCACAAAGGAGUUAAUUAAUAACAUAUCUAUACACAAGUCAGCCGUGACCGGCUUCUGUCUGUUGUCUGAGGACAGAAUAGUUACGUCAAGUGAGAGUGGAGACUUGAGUGUCACUGAUCUUAGUGUUUCGAAUUCCGUAUACCAGAAACAAGUUUCAACAGUAAUAUCGUCGCUGUGUUGUGAUGGAUCAGUGUUAUGGCUUGGCGGUAAAUCUGGUGAACUUUUACACUGGAAUAUUAUAAGUGUCGAGCAGCUGAGUGAACAAAAAGCUCAUGACGAUUUAAUUCAGAGUAUUUAUUUCGACACCUCUUCAAAAACUCUUAUCACAGCCAGUGAUGAUAAAUCGAUAAAAGUAUGGCAAUUGACUCAAAGAUCC